AUGGCGCACAGCUGUCGGUGGCGGUUCCCUGCUCGCCCCGGAGGGAGCAGCAGCUCGGGUACCGGGAGGAAAGCGGGCCGAAUUAGGGUGUCUGCUUCCCUCCGAAAUAGUGCUGGGACUCAUUCCAAUGCGAAUGGGCUCGGGCCCGGUUACGACGCUGCGUUGCAAGUAUCCUCUGCCAUUGGCAGCAACCUGCAGAAAUUUCGGGAUGUUUUGGGGGAGUCGAGCGGCUCCAGCAGCGGGGAGGAAGAAUUUGGAGGUUUUAGCACAGUCAGUGACAACAGAAGAAUACAUAGCCCAGGAAGGACAUCAGUAGGUCCUAUCACACCUGAAAAGAAGCCAAGAGGACGUCCUCCCAGGGCUCUGGCUGCACAGAAGGUUGGCGCUAAUGUUGAGACCGCCCCUUUGCCUGUUGACACAGUUCCUUCAGAGAAGGUAAAGCGACCACCAGGAAGGCCACCUGGAUCUGGAGAAAAAAGAAGAGGCCGCCCUCAUGCUUCCACCAGCCAAAGGAGCUGGCAACAGAGUGGCUAUGCACUGCCUGACGAUGGCAGGAAUGCAGCACAGGAGAGCAGCUCUAGUCCUGCACAUCGCAAGGAUAUUGUGGAGAAGGAAGUCAAGGAGAAAAGGCAAACUCUGCUAGGGUCUGGGCAGCGUCAUGGAUCUGAGGCCAAGCUUCACAAAAUCAGCCGGGAAUCCAAAGUGACCAAACUAAAACAACUGCAGGACAUCAAACUGAGCCCAAUUAAGUCUAAGCUGAAGGCCAUUGUGAGGAAGGGUGUCCCAGUUCCUGGUGUGCAAAGACGGAGGCGGGGCAGGCCGCCUUCUGCGGAGCGCCUCAAAGCUGAGGCUGCUGCUGCUCAAGCUGCUAUUGCCUUCUCUGUCCAGGAGUUGUCCUCUGUAGCAACUGGGACUGGAAAAAAUAAGGCCUUCAGGGUUCGUCAGGUACAAGAUUUGGGUCCCCACACUUCACAUGGUCUCACGCUCAGGGCUUCUCAUCCUGCUGAUGAAUGCACUAGCCCAGAUCCCCAUGAAUCCCCUCCAACAUUUUACCCUGUAACCCCAACUAAACUUGGGAGACCAUUAGGGUUACGUCAGAGCCCUCGACAUAUCAAGCCUGUGCGUGUUGUGCCUCCCUCCAAACGCACUGAUGCCACUAUUGCAAAGCAGCUGCUGCAGCGGGCAAAGAAGGGGGCUCAGAAGAAGAAACUAUUAGAAAAAGAAGCUAUAGGCACCCAGGGAGCUACAGGUCUUGAUGGUGUGCGGCACAAGAGGCGAACGCAGCUAACGAAUAUCAGGCAAUUUAUCAUGCCUGUUGUGAGCACCGUGUCCUUGCGCAUCAUCAAGACUCCUAAACGGUUCAUUGAGGAUGAGGCCAGUUUCAGCACUCCACCACCACACAUGAAAAUUGCACGACUGGACACUGUGGCAUCUGCCUCAGCACCACAAACCAUAGCCUCAUCCUCCCCUGCUCUUGUUUCCAAUGCUCCGGUCACAAGUGGAACUGCUUCCAUACCUGGGGUGGGGCCCACUGUUAACUCUCUCCCUUCCCCACCACCCCCUGUCUCAAUUCCCAGUGUCUCCGCCGUUGCAGCUAGUCUUCUUAACAGCAGCUGCAACAACAGCACUAGCAAUGGGCGCUUUAGUAGCAGUGCGGCGUCCUGUGGCUCCAGCGCUGUUUCACAGCAUUCUUCUCAGCUCUCCUCUGGUGAAUCAUCUCGCUCCAGCAGCCCCACCCUUGAUGACUCUUCUUGUGAUUCUCAGGCCUCUGACGGCACCCAGGCCCUCUCAGAAGAGCAUGAUAAUUCCCCUGCCUCUCAGGGAGAGACUGAGACCAGCAUGCACCAUACCUCUCACCCACCAUCCGAGCCAGACCAUGUAGUGUUGUUGGAACGCAGCAGGCGGGGUCGCAGAGGUCAGAGUCACAGGAGGGGGGCCUUAGUGGCACGCAGUAGGGGCAGCCUAAUAAGUGGAAGGAAACAGGCCAUCAUCAGUCCAGCCACAGGGGUAUUGAUGUCAUCAUCUGUUUCACAGGCUGGAUCUCAACAAGCCUCUUCCACAGCAUCUUCCUCCUCCUCCCCACCCUCUAUUCUCGGCCCUCAUCAGCCCCCCCAGGCAGCUUCAUCCAGUGCAUCUGAGCAUCAUUCCCAUUCUACAUGGAUGAUGCCACAUUCCAUUGCCCCCUUCCUGCCCACCCCUCCAAUGCUCUCCAGCUCUCAUGACAAAAGGCGCUUUAUACUACGGGAGCCCACUUUUCGCUGGAAAUCUUUGUCAUGUGCUGAAAAUAGGUACUUCUCCUCUGCCAAGUAUGCAAAAGAGGGCCUUAUUCGUAAGCCCACUUUCGACAACUUUCGUCCUCCACCACUCACUGCAGAGGAUGUGGGACUCGUGCCUCCAGGGCCUGGUGGAGGUGGCGUAACACCAGGAGGAUUCCCUGCACCAGGUGGUACAGCUGGGGCAGGUUCCAGGCUUUUCUCCCCCAUGCAUCAUCAUCAUCACCACCACCAGCAUUCCUCAUCACGGUUUGAUACACCACUCCAAAAGCGCAGCCCCCUAUUGCGCCCCCCUCUUUUCACUCCAAGUGCGGCUCAUUCCCGCAUCUUUGAGUCAGUCACGCUCCCAUCCUCCUCAGGGAGCAGCCCUGGCUCUCUGUCGCCUCUUCAGCUCUCACCAACGUCAAACAAAAAGAGGAAGGGGUCGAAGAUCCCCCGUGGACAACCCAGGUCACCCUCACAUUCCAUGACUACCAGGAGCAGUCAGUCAGGAGUCCAGACAGGGAAAACUGCCUCUGAACAUCCCUUGUUAAGCAGUUCUGUUCCCAUAAGCAUGACCGGUAAUUCCAGUCCUUUACCUGGAGUUGCAGUCAGUCCACUUGCUGCCAGUGCCUUAAUUCAAGCUUUCAGCAGAUUCUCCUCAGGCUCCAAUGGUCUUAUGGGCCAUGGGGUUUCCGAUGGGCAACGAGCUGCUGGGAGUCUUGGUGUGAGUGGGAGUUCUGCUUCAUCUUCACAGCUCUUUCCUCUUUUUACCCCCAGUUUUCAAGCUUCAGGUGGGGGUACUGGAAAAGCAGGAAAGGAACGGAGUGCCUCUGCUUCUAGAGACACUGGUCCAAAGGACAAGGACAGGGAGACGGAAAAGAGUAGAGAGCGUGGAAAGGAAAACAAAAGGGAUGGAAGGAAGGAUUGGGAUAAAAGAGGGAAGAACCUUCCAUCAGAGGCUUCUCCCAAUUCUACAUCCAGCCUUUUUACAGUUGAGGCGAGGGACAUUGAAGAAACUCUCGCCCAAAAAAGAACUCCUGGUCGUAAGAAGUCUGUUAUGAUUGACUCUGGUAUGGAGGCCUCCCCGAGCUACUCAGCCGAGCAACCAGUUGGGGCCUUGUCAGCCAAGGGUCGUCUGCCCAAAAAAGGUAGACCUUCAGAGAAGAAUAUUGAAACUGAGAUAGUAGAGAGGGAGAAGAACAAGGAGAGGUUGAAUGCUCCUACCCAGGCAGGGCAGAUGGGAAAAACCCCUGCCACCAAGUUAGCUGAUGCUGGGAUACAGCCAGUCACAGACAGGUGUGUCGCAGGACUGCUGAGAAAGGCAAAGGCUCAGCUCAGUAAGAUAGAGAAGAGGGAGUUACAACCUGGUGAUCAGCCCAAAUUGCAGGGUCAGGAGAGUGACUCCUCUGAGACAUCAGUUCGUGGUCCACGCAUUAAGCACGUGUGUCGUCGUGCAGCUGUAGCUCUUGGUCGCAACCGUGCUGUAUUCCCAGAUGACAUGCCCACCCUUAGUGCCUUGCCAUGGGAGGAAAGAGAAAAAAUCUUGUCUUCCAUGGGAAAUGAUGACAAAUCAUCAGUGGCGGGGUCAGAGGAGGCUGAGCCACCCACACCUCCCAUUAAGCCAGUAACAAGGCAGAAAAUGGUCCAGGAGGCUGCACCCAGAAAAGGCCGGCGCUCUCGACGCUGCGGGCAGUGUCCAGGCUGCCAGGUCCCAAAUGACUGUGGAGUCUGCACCAACUGCCUGGAUAAGCCUAAAUUUGGGGGACGCAAUAUUAAAAAGCAGUGCUGCAAAGUAAGGAAGUGUCAAAACUUGCAGUGGAUGCCUUCAAAGUUUCUUCAGAAGGAGGCGAAAGGAAAAAAGGAUAAGAAGAGGAACAGACUGUCAGAAAAGAAGGAUGCACAUCACAAUGUCAAAUCUCAGUGUUCUGAAGCAAGUCCCAAACCAGCCCCUCCUCCUUCAAAGGAUGAUACUCCCCGUAAGAAAAGUGAAACUCCACCGCCUGUGCAGGGACAGGACAAACAAAAGCAGUCACAACCAACAUCGCCGCCCUCACCAACCUCUUCCCCAAAGGAAUCUACUCUCUCUAGUCCCGAUGAUCCCAAGCAUUCUCAGGCCCCUUUCAGCUCAGCCUCCAGAAAAGAACGGAAGCAGCAGCCCAGUCCUUCAUUAACAUCUCUGCAUGAUGCUCCAUCGUCCCCACCAGCACAUUCCCAGCAAUGCUUGCAGCAGCAAAGCCAAGUGCCAGCAAAAAAGGAAAGCCUUGCGAAGUCCCAGCCCAAUGAAUCCAAGAAGUCUCAGCAACAAAGUCAACCCAGCUCUGCCACAGACACAGCAUCCGAAGCAAAACUAAAGAAACAGAACACUCGAUGUGUGCACCCAUCCAAGCCUAAACCAAAAGAGAAGGGUGGUUUUUUACAGGAAAAAAAGAUACCCUCCAAACCUGACCUCAGUACUUUAAACUCCCGGAGCACUCCCUCGACUGGGGGCACCACCAAGCAGAAAGCGCCCUGCGAUGGAGUGCAUCGAAUCAGAGUAAAUUUCAAGGAGGACUAUGACAUUGAGAAUGUUUGGGAGAUGGGUGGGCUCAGCAUUCUCACCUCUGUGCCAAUCAACCCGCGGGUGGUGUGCUUUCUUUGUGCCAGCAGCGGUAAUGUAGAGUUUGUUUUCUGUCAGGUGUGCUGUGAACCCUUCCAUCUCUUCUGCUUGGGAGAGACAGAGCGCCCCCAUGAGGAACAGUGGGAAAACUGGUGUUGUCGCCGAUGCCGCUUUUGCCAUGUCUGUGGCCGGAAAUAUCAGAAAACCAAACAGCUACUAGAGUGUGAUAAGUGCCGAAACAGCUAUCACCCUGAGUGCCUGGGACCCAACCACCCUACCAGACCGACCAAGAAGAAAAGAGUCUGGAUUUGCACCAAAUGUGUGUGCUGUAAGAGUUGCGGAGCCACCAAACCAGGGAAGGCCAGAGAUGCCCAGUGGUCACAUGAUUUCUCCUUGUGUCAUGACUGUGCCAAAUUCGUUGCUAAAGGCAAAUACUGCCCUCUCUGUAAAAAGUGCUGUGAUGACUAUGAUAGCAAAAUGAAAUGUGGGAAGUGCGAGUGCUGGGUGCAUGCCAAAUGUGAAAGCUUAACAGAUGAUAUGUAUGAGCUAUUGUCGAAACUGCCUGAGAAUGUGGCCUACACCUGCAUAAAAUGCACUGAGUGCCAUCCUGCUGAGUGGCGCACUGUCUUGGAGAAGGAAAUUGAGAAGUCCAUACGACAAGUUCUCACUGCCCUGCUCAACUCUCGCACAUCCACUCACUUGCUUCGCUACAGACAGGCGGUUAUGAAGCCUCCUGAGCUGAAUCCAGAGACUGAAGAGAGCCUUCCCUCACGCCGGUCCCCAGAGGGCCCUGACCCUCCUGUGCUAACAGAAGUCUUUCCGCCAAAUGAUUUGCCCCUCAAUUUAGAGUCUGUGGAGAAGAAAAUGGACUCUGGACAAUAUAAAUCUGUUCUUGAGUUCAGUGAUGACAUUGUGAAAAUCAUCCAGACAGCCAUCAAUUCAGAUGGAGGUCAGCUAGAGAGCAGGAAGGCCAACAGCAUGCUCAAGUCCUUCUUUAUUCGGCAAAUGGAGCGGAUCUUUCCAUGGUUCAAGGUGAAGGAGUCCAAAUUUUGGGAGAUGCACAAAGACUCUCCCAAUAGUGGACUACUCCCCAAUGCUGUCUUGCCCCCUUCUUUGGAUCACAACUAUGCCCAGUGGCAGGAGAGGGAGGAGAUAGCCAGGGCUGAGCAGCCUCUGCUCAUGAAAAAGAUCAUCCCUGCUCCCCGGCCUAAAGCCUAUAGAGAGCCUGACUCCCCAAUGGUCCCCACACCACCACCUCCAACACCUGGGCAUAUCCAUGACCCAAGUCAUGAAGAAAGUGCCGAACUCCCCCCUCCUCCUGGCGUCAGUGACAACAGACAGUGUGCACUUUGUCUGAAUUAUGGAGAUGACAAUACAAAUGACUGUGGGAGACUGCUUUAUAUAGGCCAGAAUGAGUGGACACAUGUGAAUUGUGCACUGUGGUCAGCACAGGUGUACGAGGAUGUUGAUGGUUCUCUCAAAAAUGUCCAUAUGGCAGUCAUUCAAGGCAAACAGCUGCAAUGUGAGAAUUGUCACAAACCUGGAGCAACAGUAAGUUGCUGCCUGACUUACUGUGCCAGCAGCUACCACUUCAUGUGUGCACGUCAGCAGCAGUGUGCCUUUUUAGAGGACAAGAAGGUUUACUGUCAGCAUCAUAGAGAUCUGAUAAAGGGGGAGGUGGUACCAGAGUCAGGUUUUGAAGUGACUAGGAGGGUUCUUGUGGACUUCAGUCUGAGGGAAUCAGAGGGAAUCAUUCUGAGAAGGAAGUUUCUUAAUGGGCUUGAACCAGACAACAUCCACAUGAUGAUAGGUUCUAUGACCAUCGAUUGUCUUGGCAUGCUAACUGAGCUGUCAGAUUGUGAGAGGAAGCUAUUUCCUGUGGGAUACCAAUGCUCAAGGGUCUACUGGAGUACUCUAGAUGCCCGUAAGCGCUGCGUCUAUAAAUGUAGAAUUUUGGUUUGCUGCCCCUCUGCGACAGAAACUAUCAAUAAUUGCAUAGCAGCUCCAGAGCACAACCACACGGAUGCUCAUAAUCCUCCACCUUUUUCUGCUGAAGUGGACACUGCUUUGCCUGGACCUACAGAUUCCAUAAAACUCUAUAAUGUGCCUUCCACACCAAAGCCAAUGGUUUAUUUUAGAAACAGACACCCCAGCUACCCACCAUGUCAUCGUUCUCCUUUUAAAAGACCACUUCCCUCCCCAGAUGGUUUUAGCAGUUCCACCCAUGAAAUUGUGACUGUUGGGGACCCUCUGCUGCGCUCCAGUUUUCGAAACAUCGAAUCUCGUCGGCACAGCACUUCCUCUGUCUCCCCUCAGCCACCCAAGCAAAACAUUUCCUCCCCUCCACAGGGAGGCACAGUAUCCAGUAAGACAGGCAAUCCAUCUGCCCCCUCCCUGUCCACAAACUCGAAGGAACAUUUUGCCAGAGAAUCAGAGAAAGGAAAAGCACCAUCUGGAGACCGAUCCCACAGUCAAGAUGCAAAUACAGUAAACAUUGGGGCACAACAUCGACUCCGUUUUGGUUUCAUGGAAAGAAUAGAUGGUAAUAGAGAAGUAACCAAAAAGUGGUCUGAGUGUGAAAGUUUGAAAUCAUUGCAACCAGCUAGCAUAAGUCAGGUGUCACCACCUCUUGGGACUGCAGUUUUGACAGGAAAUCAGAGAGGAAGUGGUAGUCUGAAAACUGAGAAAGGAAAACAAGCCACAAAAGAUACAGACCUACCAGCCGGAGUCACUUUUACAUCUAGUCAUCCACUUGCCACUCUUCCACAAGACAAAAGUAAUCCAGUCAAGGAUGGAAAUGUGACAUCAAUGCUUGCAUCAAAAGACACAGGAAAGACUGGGUCUCCUCAGCGGAUUUACAGCAAAAGUGGAGGUAGGAAGUCCCAUGACUGUGUAUCUGGCCCAGCUCCAGCAGUGGCUAUGAAGCCACUCUGGUCAUUGGGUGCCAAUGUGGGUGAAAAAGAUAUAAAACGUGGCUUCCAGGCAAGUCCUGCCAACAUUUCUAGUCAUGGCACCAAAGAAAAACACUCCAAAGUAAAAAUAAAUCUGAGCAGGGAUGUUUCAAAAGAGAGAAAAGAGACUACUCAAAACAGAAACCUAGAUUUCAACAGCAACCCUAAAGGCAGUAAUGUCAAAACACAAAGUCAAGGUCCACCUGCACACAACAUUAGCAAUAAAGCCACAGCACUGAGGAGUAACACUGUUCCUGGCUCAGUAGAAGUUAAUACAUUUGAUCAGAAGGAAGGGGAGAAACCCUUAAAGUCCAAAGAGAGAUUUAGCUGUAUUAGACCAUCACAGCUACACCCUAAAUCAAAUAAGGAAGUUAUUCCAGUUGAGAAGAAACAUACAGAGACGCUGUCUUUGAAAAUGGACCCUAAUGGGACUAAAGUUGUUAACGUAUCCCCCAACACAACUACAUUAACUUCCAUUACCUCUGGACCACAGGGCCCACAAAGAAGGUCCUCUCGGGCAAUGGUUUUCUCCCCAUCUGCAAGCUCUGAGAGCUCAGAGUCAGAUGGCCACAUUCACCCCGAUGGAUCUGAGGAGCACCUCAUAAACCACCAGUGUGCUGAUGAUGGGGAGGACCACAACUUGGAGGAUGAAGGCAGUGUUGACAAACACCAUGAGGAGGACAGUGACGGAUCGGCAGGUUCGGCAAAGCGCCGAUACCCAAGGCGGAGUGCUCGUGCUCGAUCUAACAUGUUCUUUGGACUAACCCCUUUCUAUGGUGUGCAAUCAUAUGGUGAGGAAGACAUGCCUUUCUACAGAAGUGGGGAAAUCUCCAUGAAGAAGCGGACAGGAGGUAGCAAGCGUUCAGCUGAAGGACAAGUUGAUGGGGCAGAUGAUAUGAGCACAUCCUCCUCAGCAGACAGUGGAGAGGAUGAGGAGGGAGCAAUAGGUUCAAAUAAGGAUGUGUAUUAUUACAACUUCACACGCACUAUCAUAAACCCAAACUCUGGUCUUCCGCCUAUUGCAGGUAUUGAUCAAUGUUUAGGAAGAGGGUCACAGAUUCAAAGGUUCUUGAGGGAUCAGGCAAAGGAGCAGGAAGAUGAUAGUGAUGAGGUGUCUACUGCAACCAAGAAUUUGGAACUGCAACAAAUUGGCCAGCUGGAUGGUGUGGAUGACGGAUCUGAGAGUGACAUCAGUAUAAGCACCAGCAGCACAACCACUGCUACUACUUCAUCCACCCACAAGACAUCUACCAAGAGGAGGGGUAGAGAAAGUCGGACAGACAAAUUAAGCCUUGACUCAGGGAAAGAGGCAGAGAACACCCCAAGUGGAGGGGCAGGAAGCUGUAACAGUCGGGACACACGUAAAAACCAUAAAGAUAUCUGUCUUCCAUUAGGGACUGUGAAAACACAGGGACAAGACCCUCUAGAAAAUCAGUUGACCCUAACCACAGAUCUUCUGAAGUCUGACUCCGAUAACAACAACAGUGAUGACUGUGGUAACAUCCUACCCUCUGAUAUUAUGGAGUUUGUGCUGAAUACCCCAUCAAUGCAGACUUUAGGACAGCAGACAGAAGCUCCCUCUACAGAACCCUUCUCUUUAGAUGAAAGUUAUGGGGUGGAUGUUAACCAAAGAAAGGAAAUGCUGUUUGAGGAUUUCACUCAGCCGAUGACCAGUGCUGAACCUGUAGAGGGUGGGGUCAACACCUCAAUUGCUGUAGAAGAGUCAUAUGGUCUUCCUCUUGAGUUGCCCUCCGACCUUUCUGUGCUAACAACUCGAAGUCCCACUGUAAAUAACCAAAAUCAUGGCUCGCACAUCCCUGAGACCUCUGAGCGCACCAUGCUGACUCUGGCCACAGAGGAAUCAGGAGUAGAAAAAAGUGGGAAGAAACAGACAACAGGGUACACUGCUUCCAGUAAAAGCCCACAGGAACGAUGCAGAGAUUCACAGAAUGCAGAAGGUCAUAUGACUCCAGAACAUUUUAUUCCUGCAGGCAUUGAUGGUGACCAUAUCUCUAGUCCUGGAGUAGCACCUGUGGGAGAGACAGGGAACCAAGCUCUGACAAGAACUAAUAGCACACCAGGUCUGCCCAGCUCACCCACUCUUCCCCCCCAGAGCCAGAAGUUCAUCCCUGCUGCCACCAUUUGCUCUGGUCCCACUCUGAUAGCAAGCUCGGCUGUUCAAGCAACCACCUCUCAAUUGAAGCCUGGUCCAGAGAAACUGAUAGUGCUAAACCAACAUCUGCAACCACUCUAUGUAUUGCAGACUCUUCCCAAUGGUGUAACUCAAAAGAUUCAGAUUGCACCAUCUGUUAGUGGAACAGGUGUCAUGAACACUAGUGCCCCUGUCUUGUCAGGUAUCUCCACCUCUCAGUCCAUUUUUCCUGCAGGUGGAAAAGGUUUAGUGCCUAUAUCUCAUCACCCACAAAUCCAAGCAUUCACUGGUUCUUCUCCGACAGGUUUCCAACCAGUUAUUCCAAGCACCACAUCAGGCCUUCUUAUCGGAGUCCCCUCCCAUGAUCCCCAGAUUGGAAUGACUGAGCCAGGACAUAGACAUGAUAAUGCCCCGAGUGUUGCUAUGGUGUCUAGUGCUUCAUCAAUCACCCCAAGUCCAACUAUGCUUCCUGCUGGGCAUAGCAAGAAGCGGCCCAUUUCUCGUCUUCAGUCCCAUAAAAGCAAGAGACCGGCUCGUACAAAGAGUCAACCCCCACUUGCCCCUUCAAAGAGUCAACCCCCACUUGCCCCUUCAAAGAGUCAACCCCCACUUGCCCCUUCAAAGAGUCAACCCCCACUUGUUCCUUCAGAUGUUGGGCCCAAUAUGACUCUCAUAAACCUCUCACCUUCACAGAUUGCUGCUGGAAUCCCUGCACAGACAGGCAUGAUGGAACUAGGAACAAUAGCCGCGACUGCCACACCUCUUCGCAAAAUUCCCAACAUCAUAAAACGACCGAAACCAGGGGUAAUGUACUUGGAACCUACUCUUCUACCACAUCCCAUGCCCAUUUCAACCACAGCUCAACCUGGCAUGAUGGGACAUGAUUCCUCAACUCACCUGCUGCCAUGCACUGUGUCAGGGCUCAAUCCUAACCAGUCCGUUUUGAAUGUGGUGUCUGUGCCUGCCAGUGCGCCUGGAAACUUUUUGGGAGCAAGCUCUGUAUCACUGAGUGCACCAAGCCUCAAUAACCUGACUGAGAUCACAGGACCUAUAAGCAACCUUCUUAUCAAAGCCAACACUCAAAACCUGGGCCUUCCGGAGCAGCAAGUGGUUCUUCAUUCAGGAAACCCCAUGAUGUCUCAGCUAACUAAUCCUGCCCAGACAUCCAUAGCCAGUAGCAUCUGUGUUUUUCCUCCAAACCAAAGCAUAAGCAUGUCUGUCAACCAGCAGGUGGAGAAAGAGGGCAGUGUUCAUUUCCAGAACCCAGUCAGUCGGGUCUUGGUAGAUAAAACCCUUGAACCAAAUGCAAAUUUGUGUGGUCAAGUGUCUCUUGGCCCUAAUCCCAUUGCUCCAGAUCUUAACAAAGGCCGUGUAGUUGGAGUCCUCACUCAGAGCUCACGUACCUCUCCCAUCUCUCAACCACCACAUCGGCAACAACCCUUGAAAUCAUCUGGUGGAGCAUCCUCCACAACUGUUGGAAAAGGAAAGCAAAAGACGAAAAGGCCUCGGGUGAGCCUAGAUAAGACCAGUGUAAAGAAGCGAAAGGGACUUCUUUCAGAUACACCAACUGUUGAUGCCUCUGCAAUCCAAAUCUUCCCAGGGGACCAAGAACUUUCAUCACUUGAGCCAGUGGAUACAGGACUGUCUAAUGAAACGGCUUCAAAAAAGAGUGAUUCUGCCAAUAUGACUGCUGAGUCCUCUGCUCUUAAACAUAAGACCAAAGAUAUUCAUGAAGAGAAACAAACGACUGCAGGACUGCCUCUUAAGGCUGAUGGGAAAAGAUCAAAAGCAUUCUCAGUGGUAACACCUGAUCCGAGGGACAGUGGGAGAGACUCCUCUUUAGACUACAAGACCAAGAAAGGUCUCAUAUUUGAAAUCUGCAGUGAUGAUGGAUUUCAGAUUCGCUGUGAAAGUAUUGAGGAGGCCUGGAAGUCCCUGACCGAUAAAGUCCAAGAAGCUCGUUCCAAUGCGAGACUUAAGACAGUUUCAUUUGAUGGAGUGAAUGGAUUGAAAAUGCUGGGUGUGGUUCAUGAUGCUGUAGUGUUUCUGCUGGAGCAGCUAUAUGGAGCCAGGCAUUGCCGAAACUAUAGGUUCCGCUUCCACAAACCCGAGAAACCAGUUGACCCUCCCAUCAACCCUCAUGGAUCUGCCCGUGCUGAGGUGUACAACAGGAGGUCAGUUCUGGACAUGUUUAAUUUCCUAGCAUCCAAACACCGUCAGCCACCUGAAUACAACCCACAGGAGGAAGAUGAGGAGGAGAUUCAGCUGAAGUCUGCUCGACGGGCCACCAGCAUUGAUCUGCCACUACCUAUGAGGAUCAAGCACUUGAAGAAAACAUCCAGGGAGGCUGUAGGUGUCUAUAGAUCAGCCAUACACGGAAGAGGCCUGUUCUGCAGAAGAAAUAUUGAUGUUGGAGAAAUGGUGAUAGAGUAUUCUGGAAAUGUCAUUCGCUCUGUCCUCACUGACAAGCAGGAGAAGUACUAUGAUGGCAAGGCAAUUGGCUGCUACAUGUUUCGUAUUGAUGAUUAUGAGGUGGUGGAUGCAACCAUGCAUGGAAAUGCAGCCCGUUUCAUAAACCACUCCUGUGAGCCCAACUGCUACUCCCGCAUAGUCAGUGUUAACAGUCAGAAGCACAUUGUCAUUUUCGCCAUGCGCAAAAUCUAUAGAGGCGAGGAGCUCACGUACGAUUACAAGUUCCCUAUUGAGGAAUCAGGCAAUAAGCUGCCUUGCAACUGUGGGGCAAAGAAGUGCCGCAAGUUUCUCAAUUAACUCGCAAGCCAAGACCAACUGUGAAAUCCUAUCAAGAGUCUUUCUUUCAAGGGAAGUUUUUUUUAAUUGAAGCAGGCUCAGGUUAUAAGAGGGUUGAUGGUAUUGUGCCUCUAAAGAAUGGUUUGAUUUUAGAAAAGGCAAUUGAACAGAUUUAUAAUGGAAAGGAUGGCCCUUAUUUCCCCUUUAUCAAUACCCAUUUUAAGAGAUUAGACAUUUUUGUAUGUGAUCUUUUAUUUGAUUUGAUUUUGUUCUGUUUUAAGAAGGAUAUUGUGAACAAUUUUAAAUUUGUAUUAAGUAGAUUCUGGCCUGCCUUUACUUAAGAAAUGUGACAAAUUACUGAAGAAUUGCCACAUCAUUCCAUUCUACACCAAAGUGCAAUUUUGGAAGGGAAAGAUUGAAUCUUUUUAGAUUAAUGAACUGCAGUCAAUACAUAAUCCUCUAUUUUUUUUUUUUUUAAACCUGACCUGUUUAGACAUCUCUCUCUUUUUGAAUGUACAUUUAAAUCCUUCAGAGCAUCCAUGGUCAUCCUUGCCAAGCUGGACCUGAUUCUCUGAAUGGAAGGCAUUGUAAAUAUAAUAUCUGAGAUGAUGGAGAGGGAAACACUAGGUGGAGUAGUGAAAUAGAUCAUAUGGAGAAAAAUGACAAAUGUUUAUUUUGUCAAUUUAAAAAGUAACAUGAGUAUACUUGUACUGUGUUUGAAGAGUAGGCCAUCAAAGGGUUCGUGGCCUGUAGGGGCUGGCUGGGCAGAGAUCCUGGUGGACUGACAGCCAGUGGACCAGAGCAAUUUCUGUGGGGGGGGUGGGGGGCGUUCACUAUCCAUUUUUAUUGCAAUUCAGAAGGAAAGUAGCACAUUUUUGUAUUGAAAAUAAAUUAUAAUUUGCAUGUUUUAUGACAUCUUACAAAAGCUAGGAGGAUUUAAUUGAUCUUGGCAGAGAGUCCAAAUGCUAGAACCAUUUUUUUUAUUGUGUCUCAGCGGUAAAGAGAUUAUUUCUCUCUAAACCGUAAUUAUGUACACAAUACAUGUUUAUUUAAGGCAAUUUGAAACUUGAAAAUGUUUUCUCUUGUGUCAUUGACAAAGAAAUAUCAUUCUUUUAAUAUGUAAAUAAUAUAUUUUUCUAUACAAAGGACUAAAAAAAGCACUCAUUGGUGAAUAGCACUUAACAAUUGUAUUUAUAUUUUUAAUAAAACAUUGUAUUUAUUUUAUCAGCAUUUUUGUAGGAAAUAGAGAUUUACAACACUAAUGCUUUGUCAGACAUUUUUAUAGCAGUGUCUUGAGAAUUUUUUUUUUUUUUAGUUGAACAUUUUUUGUAGGCUGAAUGUUUCUUUCAAUUCCAAAGACUGAAGCAGUUAUUGUUACCACAGAGUGCGGUCCACCAGUGGCUCUCAUUGCCAACCCAAGUCAAGCAUGGACAUUUAAAAAAUGUCAAAUAAGAGUGUAGGUUUAGUGAGCUGUGAAGCAUUUGAGGGAGUGCAGAUCUGUUUAAUAUGACUCUCUCCUCUGUGCCAGCCUUAAAAUCACAAAUAGGAACAGCAGCCUUCCCCUAAAAUGCCCUCUUUUGUGAUUUUUAAAGUUCAGCGCAUCUUCUCUAAAGUGGAAAAUGUCUGAUGCAUAAAAUUGUUCUCUACCGUUCUAGCAACUGAAAAGACCCAAAGUUUAUUCCAUAUAUUUUGUUAUAUCUAAAUAUUUUCAUAAAGUAAUUUUCAUUGGUGUAAUGCAAGGAAUUCGCCACGUAGGCUAUCCCAUAUAAAAAUACUUCUAAAGCACUAUAUAUGUGGAGGAUUGGAGGGCAGAGGGCUCUCGUUUACUCUUGGUCUUGUGCACUGAAGAUCAGUCUUCUUCAACACAUGUUGCCUUGACACUGCAUGAUCGCUCCAGCUAGCCAUUCAGUCAAUGCACAUUAUGUGCUUGUAUCAUCUCUUCUUUCUUUUUUAAAUGUGGACCUCUACCCAUUUACACUCCUUUUUUAGGGCCAAAGCUUUGUUUGUCCACUAUUUAAAUUAGGAAACAGUUGCUCCAAAAUGGAUUUGGGUUUUUCUUUGUGUAAAUGUUCUUCCAUGGUUGUUCUGUCUUUCAGAUCUGAAGUUUGGUGCCUUCUCAGUCAAUAUCUAGAUCAUUUUUUUUCACAUCAGAAUCAGAGAUAUCUCUUUUACUAUGGAUAACAUUUUUUUAAUGUUUUAUCUAUGGCACAAACUGAUUAAGUUUAUGGGUAAAAGAUUCACUUGUUGACAAUUUAAAAAAAAAAAAAAUGUAUGUAAAGUUACAAUGCUUUUUAAAGGGAUGCUGUAGUACAAGGGUGUGGAUGGGUAUUGCAGAAUAGCUUGGGAUCUGUACAUACCUCUAGACAAAGCUGCUUUGUGCAACUGUAGCUUCCUUAGAAAGCCACCGUCAAGGCCAGUUCCUUUUUGUCUCAUUCCCUCAUAAUUUUAACUCUAAUGACAUAUUUUUUUUUUAUCGGCCACUGCAGAUCUCCCCCAGCUCUCACUGUACCUUGGCUGCAAUAAUUUUGACCUUUCCCAGCAUUUCACUUUUGACUAUGGCACUGAUGAUCAGUAAAGUUUUGUACAUUGCCUCUGUUUUGGCUGCUGUAUCAACGCCUCAUGUUUGUAUACAUGUUUGUAUAGAUCAGUUUGUUACAGAAUUGCAGUUUGGCCAUUUUUUUCAGGGAUACUCUGAGGGGUCUGCCCGACUUUCCUCUCGCCCUGGCACCUCUGUUGAACAGGGACGUGUUGAACUCUGCAGCUUGGCCGUUGUUGAAUGUAUUCUAGAGUUUGUGAUUUUUAUGAUUUUCUUCUUAAUUGUUUUGUUUCAACAUGAAAGGCUGGGAAGAUACAGGACUGCUUUGUAUUUCAUAAAAUAAGGAGGAUUAUACAGCAAUGGCAAUCUUUGCAGGGUUAUACAGAAGCUAUUGCUCAGUCUAACGAAAUAAGAUUUUUAUUUUAUUAUUAAUAUAUAUUUUUUUUUUGUAAUGCAGUUACUAAUCCUAAGGGCUUUGUAAUAGACUCCUGCACAGACAUCAACACAACUUCAGAUGCUCCAUAAACUGGUGUAACAGUGUUCGGACAGUUUCAGAAGCAGACAUGCUCUGUUGUUUCCUGGACUUUACUUUCUUCCACACCACAAGUGGAACCACACCUUCUCCUGUAAUUAUAAUCUACAGUAUAUAUGUAUACACAAUAUACAUGGAUAUAUAUAUAUGAACAAAACAUGUAUGAAUAGUUACUUGUACUUCAAUAUCUACACAAUAUACGGAAUGGACAGACAAACUUAGUUACAGUAGCAAACAGAGACUUCAUAAUGGUUAAUUGCAUUGUUCAGUGUAUAAUCUAUAAUGGCUUUGUGUUACAGAUCAAGUUUAGAGUAACUAAUGUGCAACAUUUUUAAUAUCAAGUACCAGUUUUCCUGUGCCUGUGAAUGCUCUCUCAAAUGAGCAUUGCAGUUUUUUUUUUUUUUUUGGAAAGGAGCGGUAUUUAUAUAAUGAAACAAGUUCAUGUAAAAUGUGGUUGUAAAACUUUGAUAUUUUGUUUGCUUUUUGAUGGUGUAGUCAGCUUUAUUUGACUCUGUACAUUUUAAACUGUUUGUGGACAGAGAAAAAAAAAAUGUCCUUUCCUAAACCCAGCCAUGUCACCUCUCUCUCCUAUGGGAACUUAAGUUGUACUUUUCUUAUGUGAUGUUCUGUAAGAAGUAAUGGUAACCAUUCUAUUUAUUUAUUUCUGCAAACUUUAAAAAACCUCUCUAGAUGUACACUGAGAUAAAGUGGUCAGUUAAGCUCUCUUUGAAGGCAUGUGGCAGUGCUCUCUGUUUUUGGAAAUGUAUCAUGGUUCUCUUUGUACAGAAAUGUGUUUCAGACCACUGACUGUACUUUAGGGAGGGAGAGGUAAGAGCCUGAAGAGGGAGAGAUUUUAAAUUGUUCCUCUUGGAGGAAGUUUUCCUUUGUGUUACGAACACUUCCUUUCCCCUGCAACUUCUGGAGAUCAUGUGGACGUUGAUGCUGACAGUUUAAGGGGUUUAUUUUUUUCUUAAAUUGCCCCAUCAGUGUUUUACCAUUUUACAGACAAAUGAAGGAAAAAUUGUUAAUCUAAAAUAGUCAACCACAAACUACUUAAGAAUGAAUGUAUAAUGAGGAAAAAAAAUUGUACAUAAUUGUAAAAAAGGAAAAUUUCUAAUCAUGUUUAUUUUCUAUGCACUUUUUUUUUAUUUAAGUGAUAGUUUAAAUAAUAAACAUGUCUCGUUU